AUCCGUGCUGCGCCCACUCAACACUGCUGUAAUGGUAAGUGCGCCCCGAACCGUACCACAAACACCAGAAGCCGGAAUCAGCGAUUUGAACCACCCAUGUGCGAGUGCCACACUGAAAUCACAAAAGUAAACCAAAGACCAAAAAAAAAGCAAAGAAAACGCUGACUGCGCCUUCCUCGCCCGCCCCACAUUUUCUGCUUGCUGCAGCGGCAAAUCCAAGUGCAAAUCGCAACUGAGAAGGAGUCCACAUAUAACUAAAUACUACCUACCAUCACCAACUACCGACAAAAUUACAAGCACAGCACCACCACAACCACCACCACCCAGUUCAUCCAACAUGUAUCCCUGGAGCUCCUCCUCGUACGGCGGCCAAGUGGCCACUGGUGGCCAAACCGGGACGAUGCCGAAUGGUUUGGAUGACCAGGAGAAACUGCUCGCUGAGGCGGCGGGUGCGGCACGCAAACAGGCAUUCCAAAUGAAUCACUUUCUGGACAAGGAGCGCAUGCUGGACGCCCUCAAGUGUGCCAGCACAAUGCUCAGCGAGCUGCGCACCUCGCUCCUCUCCCCGAAAAGCUACUACGAGCUGUACAUGUCCGUGACGAAUGAGCUGUGCCACCUGGAACUGUAUCUCAGCGAGAAGAGCAACAAGGAGACGGAUCUGUAUGAAUUGGUUCAGUACUCGCACACGAUAGUGCCACGUCUCUAUCUACUCAUCACCGUGGGCAUUGUGUACAUAAAGAACGAUUCGACGCUUAAGCGGAGCAUACUCAAGGAUCUCGUGGAGAUGUGUCGUGGCGUGCAGCAUCCGCUGCGUGGUCUCUUUUUGCGCAACUAUCUGUUGCAGUGCACGCGCAACAUUCUGCCCGAUGUUCUCGUGGCGGACAAUGAGCACGAGGGCAAUGUGUACGAUGCCAUCGAUUUUGUGCUCACCAAUUUUGCGGAGAUGAAUAAGUUGUGGGUGCGCAUGCAGCAUCAGGGACAUUCCAGCGAGAAGACGCGUAGGGAAAAGGAACGGGAAGAGCUGAAAAUAUUGGUGGGCACCAAUUUGGUGCGUCUGUCGCAGCUGGAGUCCGCCACACUUGAGACGUACAAGCGGCUCAUAUUGCCAGGCAUUCUGGAGCAGGUGGUCAGCUGUCGUGAUGCGAUUGCGCAAGAGUAUUUGAUGGAGUGCAUCAUACAGGUAUUCCCCGAUGAGUUCCAUCUACAGACACUCGAUCCGUUCCUAAAGUCCUGCGCCCAGCUGGAAACGGGCGUCAAUGUGAAGAAUAUUAUUAUAUCGCUAAUUGAACGCUUGGCGGCCUACAAUCAACGCAGCGGCAAGACGAGCGGCAAUGCUAUCGAUGCCAUCAUACCCGCCGAAGUGGAACUGUUUGAGGUGUUUAGCGUGCAGGUGGCAAACAUUGUGCAGACGCGCACGGAUAUGCCACUGGAGGACACAAUAUCGCUGCAGGUGGCCUUACUCAGUCUGGCACAGAAGGUCUACUCCGAUCGUGUUGACUAUGUGGACAAAGUGCUCGGCACAACCGCACAAAUACUCGAUCGCAUGAACAUGAACAACAUUUCGCAUCUGAUGACUGUGAAUCAGGAACUGUCUCGCCUGCUGCGCAUCUGCAUUGAUUUCUACAACAAUGCGCUGACCAUCAUACAGUUGCUCAACUUUUAUCCGCUGCUGGAGAAAUUCGAUUACACCUCGCGUAAAUCGUUGGCAUUGUAUUUGGUCAUGAAUAUACUGGAGAAUGAGACGCUGGUGCCCACAGCCGAUCAAGCGGACAGCCUGUUGACAAUUAUAACACCGCUAAUAGAGGACGAUACAACAUCGAGCACAACGGCAACAAAUAACAGCGCCGAUGCCGAGGAGUUUGCCGAGGAGCAGGGCGUUGUGGCACGUUUUAUACACCUCUUAAAAUCGGAUGAGCCGGACAUGCAAUACAAAAUGCUGCAAACGGCGCGCAAACAUUUGGGCAACGGCAGCGGACAGCGACUGAAGCAUGUCCUGCCGCCGCUGGUGUUCGCCGCGUAUCAGUUGGCAUUUAAAUACAAAGCAAUUGCCGAACAGGACGAGAACUGGGACAAGAAGUGCCAGAAGAUAGUGCAGUAUUGCCACAGCACAAUCAGCGCCCUGGCCAAAGCGGAUCUGCCCGAUUUGGCGUUGCGUUUGUAUCUGCAAGGCGCAUUGGUCAUUGGCGAGAUACGCUACACAAAUCACGAGACUGUCGCAUACGAGUUCAUGACGCAGGCAUUCUCGCUGUACGAGGAUGAGAUAUCCGAUUCGAAGGCGCAACUGGCCGCCAUUACGCUCAUCAUGUCCACAUUCGAGCAGAUGUCCUGUUUCGGUGAGGAGAACGCCGAACCGCUGCGCACCAACUGUGCACUGGCUGCGUCCAAGCUGCUCAAGAAGCCGGAUCAGUGUCGCGGUGUUGUUGCAUGUGCGGCACUCUUUUGGAGCGGCAAGCAAAACGGUGAGGAGAUGCGCGAUGAGAAACGAACGCUGGAUUGCCUGAAGAAGGGCGCACGGAUCGCCUCACAGUGUUUGGAUACGGGUGUGCAGGUGCAACUCUAUGUGGAGCUACUGAAUCAUUAUCUUUUCUACUUUGAGCGCGGCAACUCACUGAUCACAGUGGCCAUGCUGAAUCAGCUCAUUGCCAAGGUAAACGAGGAGCUGCCCAAUCUGGAACCCAGCGAGGAGACCAAACAGAUCGAGAGCCAUUACAAAAACACGUUGGCGCAUUUACGCAGCCGUAUGGAGUCCAAUGACACCGCCCUGGAAGUCUCCUUUGCAGGCAUCACACUCAAUUAGUGCUGAGAUCGGCCUCCAAAUGGACAACCCACUUAGACACAGCAAGCAGCCUUCGCCCCCUCGACCACUCCUAUUUUUAUAACGCUACUUAUCAGUCGGCAAUAUAGAAGAGAACCCACUCCUUAAAAGGCUGGAUUAACAGAGUAUACUGUGCAGAAACCUUAAAAACCGAUGGGUAAAACUGUAUUUUCUCAAAGAAACGAAAUUCCAUGAUAAAUUGUUGAUUGUUUAGGGUAGUGCCAGGCCUACCCAACAAAAAAAAGUGCUUAUGACUUUGAUUUUCGAUUAUAUAUAUAAUUCUAAGUGCAAAGUGUCAACAUUCUUUAUAAUUUGUUCUCCUUUAUUAUUAUCGUGUAAUUAGUUAAUAAUUACAAGUAAUUAUCCUCCCCCCCUCAAAAAAAAAGUAUAUUUUAUUGUAUUCUAUAAUUUAACCCACUGCAAAAAAAACAAUACAAGAAACAAAAAUAAAAUUGUGAAUAAUUAUUAACAAAAAAAAGCAAAAACGAAAGAAAAAAAUCCUAAAAUGAACAAUUAUAAUACGAAUAUAAAUUAAUCAGUUAACCAAUUAUUAAUGAUAUGCAAUUUGACAGGUUUUUGAUUGUGGAUACAAAUAAAGUUAAGAUCAAAUUGUUUUUAGCAAAUUUAUAGCCAAACUGUGAACAAUUAUUAUAGUCGUACUUUGCCAAUAAGGAGAGAGGAGGUGAAUAUGGUUUUUCAAUUGCUUUAUUGAAAAUAUACAUACAUCAUAGAUCCGAAUUGUGUGUUAUCAACCGGAUAAUAAAUCA